CUUGAUAUUUUAUUUAAUAUUUCAUCAUAAUAAAUAUGAUUUAAAAAAAUAUGUUUUCUUUCAAUUUUAAACAAAUUUCACUAUCUACCUUUAUUCUGCCGCCAGUUCCUUCCAUUCCAUUGUUCAUAGCCUGCUUCAGCUGCUUUCCCUCUCCUCCGUUUUCCACUCCUUCGCCGCCGUUGCAUCCGCCGCCGUUGGAUACUAAAGUUGCAUUAUUGUUGACUAGAGUGGGAAACAUUGACAUACUCCGGAAAACUAACAGCCUUACUGUGAAUUCAAGGUGCAAAUUUUUAUUUUGCAAAGAUAGCAGAAGAACGUAUAUUGGCCGAGUGAGGUGUGCAGCUGCAGUGGCUGGAACAAGAGAGAGGAUGGAGAUGGAGAGGAAAGAGAGGGUAAGAAAAGCUGAGGCAUUGGUGGAGAUAGCAAUGAAAGGGAAUGAUGCUUCUCAUGAUGCAGCGCAUGUUUGGAGGGUUCGUGACCUUGCUCUCUCCCUUGCCUCUGAGGAAGGCCUCUCUUCUAAUCCGCACUCCAUGGAAAUCGUAGAGCUUGCUGCACUUCUCCAUGAUAUAGGUGACUACAAAUACCUAAGGUUAGGAAUUUUGGUUGAUUUUAGGAAUUUCUUUUUUUUGUCAUUCAUUUUGUUCAUAUUUUUCCCCUUCUCCUCAUGUGAGCUAACAAUGUCAUUUAGAGACCCAUCUGAGGAAGAAACUGUUGAAAAUUUUCUCACAGAAGAGGGAGUUGAGGAGAAUAAGAAAUCAAAAAUUUUGGAAAUCAUUAAAGGAAUGGGUUUUAAAGAGGAGGUGACUGGAAAAGGAAAUACCGAAUGGUGUCCAGAAUUUGGCGUUGUCCAAGAUGCUGAUAGACUUGAUGCUAUUGGUGCUAUAGGAAUUGCACGGUGCUUCACCUUUGGCGGGAGUAAGAAGAGGUCGCUGCAUGAUCCAGCCAUUUUACCAAGGUCAGAUUUAUCCAAGGAACAAUAUAUGAACAAAGAGGAACAAACUACCAUUAAUCAUUUUCAUGAGAAGCUUCUCAAGCUUAAAGAUAUGAUGAAAACCAAGGCUGGGAAAAGGAGGGCUGAGAUAAGGCACAAGUUCAUGGAGGAGUUUGUGAAAGAGUUCUACGACGAAUGGAACGGUUCAAUCUAACAAAUACUUGUUCUCGUCUUCAUGUAGUUUUACACUUAUAAACUUGCAUCGGUACUUGUAAAAAGACAAAAACAUGCCCAAGAUGCUGGAAAUUAUUUACAUCUUGUCUUCUUAGUUGCAGCAGUUAGUAACCAAUUCAUGCUUCAUGCUCUAAGCAUAGUUUUUUUUUUACCAUCAAAAGUCCUUGGUUUUGGAGGCUAGACUAUAUAUAUAACAUGAGUUAUCUGUUUUUUCCA